AUAUAAUAACAUCUCAUCUUGUUUCAAUUUGGUACCUACACACAUAAAGUUCAUACAAAUUCUUCAUGGCUCUUCGCUGCUUAUCUCAAUCUUCAACAACUUUUUCUUAUCUUUCUAAGAACUGUGGAUUUCGUAUGCAUGGGACCAAGGCAGCAGCUUCUGUUGUAGAGGAACAUGUCUUGGAGAUGGUGGAGGCAGAGCGUGAUGAUGAAGAGUAUGCUGAUGUGGAUUGGGACAACCUCGGAUUCAGUCUUGUAAGGACAGAUUACAUGUUUGCCACCAGAAGUUGCAGAGAAGGAAACUUCGAACAAGGCUGCCUUAGCCGUUACGGCAACAUCGAGCUCAACCCUGCUGCUGGAAUUCUCAACUACGGGCAGGGACUUAUCGAGGGGAUGAAAGCGUACAGAGGAGAAGAUGGUAGGAUUCUUCUCUUUCGUCCAGAGUUAAAUGCUAUACGUAUGAAGGAAGGAGCAGAGAGAAUGUGUAUGCAUUCUCCUUCUGUUUAUCAGUUUAUUGAAGGUGUUAAGCAGACUGUUCUUGCAAAUAGACGUUGGGUUCCUCCUCCGGGAAAAGGCUCCUUGUAUCUCAGACCGUUAUUGUUUGGAAGUGGAGCAAGCUUGGGUUUGUCUGCAGCAUCAGAGUUUACAUUUCUUGUGUUUGGUUCUCCUGUUCAAAACUAUUUUAAGGACGGAACAGCAGCAUUGAAUCUCUACGUUGAGGAGGUGAUCCCACGAGCGUAUCUUGGAGGAAGUGGUGGCGUUAAGGCCAUUUCUAACUACGGUCCAGUGCUUGAAGUGAUGAGAAGAGCGAAAGCGAGAGGGUUUUCGGAUGUAUUGUAUCUAGACGCAGAAACUAAGAAGAACAUAGAAGAAGUUUCUGCUUCUAAUAUAUUCCUUGUCAAGGGGAAUACAAUAGUGACUCCAGCUACAAACGGGACGAUUCUUGGAGGGAUCACGCGAAAGAGUGUAAUUGAAAUUUCUCUUGAUCUUGGUUACAAGGUGGAAGAACGGGUUGUUCCGGUAGAAGAACUGAAGGAAGCAGAAGAAGUUUUCUGCACUGGAACUGCCACUGGAGUUGCUUCUGUUGGGAGCAUCACGUUUCAGAACACAAGGACUGAGUACAAAGUGGGAGAAGAUGGGAUUGUUACGAAGCAACUUAGAUCUAUUCUUGUUGGAAUACAGACUGGUUCUAUCCAAGACAUUAAGAAUUGGUUGUUUUACCCUCACGAUUAUAGAUCAAACGGCGAAGCGGCGGUCCCCUCCGGUCCGGUCAAACCCGUCGCCCAAACCGGUGUCUCUUCCCGCAAUCUCAUCUCAACGAAAUUAAAAGGCGCUGAUCGUAUUGCUUACGUUCAUACCCUCAAGGAGGAAGCGAUUCCGAUUGCGAACCAGACUGGGAUUAUGAAGGAUAACAUCAGCAUCCCCAUCUAUUUUGAAUUGAAUCCACAUUUGGCGUCUUAUAGCGUUGAGAAUCCCAUCUACGUUGUGAUGCAGUUAGCUCAAACAACUAUGCGUAGUGAACUCGGGAAGAUUACUCUUGACAAGACGUUUGAGGAACGUGAUAUGCUGAACGAGAAGAUUGUGGAAGCCAUCAAUGUUGCUGCAAAAGAUUGGGGUCUUGAGUGCCUUCGGGAUAUCAUGCCUCCUAAUGGAGUGAGGGUUGCUAUGGAAAUGCAAGCUGAAGCUGAGCGUAGAAAGAGAGCUCAGAUUCUUGGGUCUGAAGGAGAACACCAAGCCCAUAUCAACAUCGCUGAUGGUAAGAAAACUCAGAUAAUCUUGGAAUCAGAAGCUCCGAAGAUAAACCAAGUCAACAGAGCAUCAGGUUAUGAUACAACUUAA